AUGGACUACUUCAAAGCUCUGCUCGGCCCAAAGCCUUCGCAGGCGCCCGUCGUCGCCGAAGACGCAGAUUUCGCCGACUUUGCAGCCGCCCCUGCCCCUUCACCGGCCUCCAUCCCCGUCUCUCCUGCGGUUGCGCAAGCUGCCGCCGCAACAGGAGCCACCGUCGAGGGUCGUCCAGUCGUCUAUACGAAAUGGUAUCGCGUGUGGGAACGGACCCAGCUGUCCGACUUCAUGAUGGAGGGUGUCCUUAUCCCUUUCAUCCUUUUGGCACUCUUGGUGCAUUUCUGGGGAACGAGGACGAACAGACGCAAGGCGAAGAAAUGGAUAGCCGUCCAUGCCCCUCUUUUGGAGCGAGAGUUUGCGGUCGUUGGAUACAGUGCGGUCCCGAAGGCUGAAUCGACCGUGGAAGGAGGAGUGUCCCCGGGGGAUGUGAGCUUGUUCCAAGAAAUUGUGAAGAACAAAGGAGAUCAUGUGUCGGAUGAUCUGUUGAAGGAGAAAACUGCCUGGGAGUAUGAGUCGUAUGCGACCGGACGACAAAACGUCGCCUUCAUGGAUGCCAAGAUCUACAUGAAGAGACGAAUGAAUCCCAUGAUGAUGCUGGCGGAGGAACUCACGGGCAUGUUCAUUGAGUCGAUCAAACCAAAGCCCGAGAGAAUGGAAGCCAUCAUCUACACGUUUGACGGUAAAGAGAAGGAGUUCGUGCCCCCAUCCGUCCCCGGAUCCGAGGAAGCUGGCAAGACAAAAUCGGUGGGGAACUCAACCUACGACCCGUUUGUGUUUGCCGCGGUCAACAAAUUGGCGAUGCGCAAACUCCGCGAGGAACGGUACGAUCUCUCUCUCACAUUCACCAAGGACCACGCCAAACUCCCGGACUGGGCUACGUGCAUGAGCGAGUCGGCAGAAAUAAGUGAUUGGAUGCUCACAAAAGAACUCGUCGACGCGAUCCAGGAAGCUGGUCCCGACUAUUUCCAGUACCUUAUCGUGACGGAUCAACCUCAGGACAAGCCCGCCAACCUGAACGAAACGGCCCCGAAAAAGCGCCUGCACAUCUCGCUUCGUCUCCCUUCCGACGGCAACUACCUCCCUACGCUGCCUCUGUUUGCUGUUUUCCUUCGCUUGCCCGAUUUCAUCGUCUCGCAGUCCCACCUUCGCCCCGAGGUGCUCAGGAAGAUCACGGCGAUCCGUGAGCAAGAAAAGACCAAGCUGAAGAAAAUGUCGGACAAGGAGGCAGAAGAGGAGAGAUUGAAACAACUGGACAAGAUGAAGAAGGAGGAGAGGGAACGGAAGAUGAAGGGGAUGAGCGCGGAGGAGCAGCGGAAGUUUUUGGAAAGGGAGAACGAGAAGAUGCGGAAGAAGCAGGAGAAGAAGAUGACGAGGCGAGGCUGA